GUCCCCGUGCCAGCCACGCCGGCGCCCAGUGAGCGCGGGGACGUCCCGGGGCCACCCCCGGACAGGGACAGGGACAGGGACAGGGACGAGGGGGACGCCCGGGACGAGAAGGAGCCCAAGGGCCCUGAGAAGAUGGAGACGGACGCCGCUGUCCCCGAGGCUCCCCCCUCUCCGGGCGAUGGCAGCGAGGCCGAGGGGCCGCGCAAGGGGGAGGACGAGGAGGGGCCCCCCCCGAGGGACCCCGAGGCCGAAGGACCCCCGGCCCGGGAGGACAGACCAGGCACCGAGGCCGAGAAGGGUCCCGGGGCCGAGAAGGGCGAGGAGAAACCCCCUGAGGAGGAGCCCAAGGAGCGACCGGGGGACCCCGACCCCAAAAGAGAGGAGGUGAAGGCGGAGAAGGAGCCCAGGCUGGAGCCUCGAGGCCAACAACGGGCGGCGCAGGAGCGGGCCGGCAACCGCGGUUCAUGUUCAACAUCGCUGAUGGGGGCUUCACCGGGCAUGGGGGGCUUCAAUGGGGGCAUGGGGGGAGAAACCGCGGUUCAUGUUCAACAUCGCUGA